UCUCUUAUCUUUGUAUAUAAAUCUUUACCUUUACAAAGAGACAGAGUGAAGAAAGGCUUGAAUACUUCCUCCACAUCUGUUAAAUUUCAUUUCUGAGGUUCUUACGCAUACACUUUGUAGUUAUGAUCUGUGGCAGCAUUUCUGGCCGAGAUUGAUUGUUGAGUUUGCAAUUGAUUGAUCGCUCUACUGAGUAAAGGGCAAUGGAAUCGGGAGAAAUUGGGGGGAAGUCUUCGAAGAACUUGGGGGGUCAUGUUUGCCAGAUCUGUGGGGAUAAUGUUGACAUUACAGAAAAAGGGGAGCUCUUUAUUGCCUGUGAUGUCUGUGCAUUCCCAGUUUGCAGGCCAUGCUACGAGUAUGAGCGCAAGGAUGGCAAUCAGUCUUGCCCUCAAUGCAAAACGAGAUACAAGCGACAUAAAGGAAGCCCUGUUAUUUUUGGAGACAAUGAGGAGGAUGUUGAAGCUGAUGACAGCAAUGCCAACUUUCGGUUUACAGAAACUCAAAAUGAGAAGCAGAAGAUAGCACAACGCAUGUUGAGCUGGCACAUGACUUAUGGAAGAGGGGAGGAUGCUAAUGCUCCAAACUAUGAUAAAGAAUCCCCUCAUAACCACAUCCCGUUGCUAAUCAGUGGACAAGAGGUUUCUGGGGAGUUGUCUGUAGCAUCUCCUGAACGGCUUUCUAUGGCCUCUCCUCCACCCAGUGGGGGAAGAACACAUUCGCUCCCUUACCAUGCAGACGUUAAUCAAUCACCUAAUAUUAGGGUUGUAGACCCUGUGAGGGAGUUUGGAACUGCUGGAUUAGGAAAUGUUGCGUGGAAAGAGAGAGUUGAUGGCUGGAAAAUAAAGCAAGAUAAGAAUUCGGUCCCAGUGACCACUAGCCAUGCUGCUUCUGAAAGAGGUCAAGAUAUUGAUGCCAGCACUGAUGUGUUGGCUGAUGACUUGUUAUUGAAUGAUGAAGCCCGACAGCCACUUUCUAGAAAGGUUUCUAUCCCAUCGUCCAGGAUAAAUCCAUACAGGAUGGUCAUUGUACUUCGGUUGAUCAUUCUUUGCAUAUUCUUGCACUACCGGAUAACAAAUCCCGUGACAAAUGCAUACCCCUUGUGGUUACUAUCUGUUAUAUGUGAGAUAUGGUUUGCAGUAUCUUGGAUAUUGGAUCAAUUCCCCAAAUGGCUGCCAGUAAAUCGUGAAACAUAUCUUGACAGGCUAGCUUUGAGAUAUGACCGAGAAGGAGAACCAUCACAAUUAGCCGCUGUUGACAUUUUUGUUAGUACCGUGGAUCCUUUGAAGGAACCUCCUCUCGUAACAGCAAACACUGUUCUAUCUAUUCUUGCAGUUGACUACCCAGUUUUCAAGGUUUCAUGCUAUGUUUCGGAUGAUGGUGCUGCUAUGUUGACAUUUGAAGCUCUGUCUGAAACAUCAGAGUUUGCAAGGAAAUGGGUUCCUUUCUGCAAGAAAUAUAGUAUUGAGCCCCGAGCUCCAGAAUGGUACUUCUGCCAGAAAAUUGAUUACCUGAAAGAUGAAAUUCAGCCAACAUUUGUCAAAGACCGUAGAGCUAUGAAGAGAGAAUAUGAAGAGUUUAAAAUUCGUAUAAAUGGCCUCGUUGCCAAGGCUCAAAAAGUCCCUGAAGAAGGAUGGAUCAUGCAAGAUGGGACACCGUGGCCUGGAAAUAACACGAGGGAUCAUCCAGGAAUGAUCCAGGUUUUCUUAGGUCAGAGUGGUGGGCUUGACAGUGAGGGUAAUGAGUUGCCACGGUUAGUGUAUGUUUCCCGAGAAAAGCGUCCAGGCUUUCAACAUCACAAGAAAGCCGGUGCCAUGAAUGCACUUGUUCGUGUAUCAGCAGUUCUUACAAACGGCCCUUUCUUAUUGAAUCUUGAUUGUGAUCACUACAUUAAUAACAGUAAGGCAGUGAGAGAAGCCAUGUGUUUUAUGAUGGAUCCGAACCUUGGAAAAUAUGUUUGUUAUGUUCAGUUUCCUCAGAGAUUUGAUGGAAUUGAUAGGAAUGAUCGUUAUGCUAACCGGAACACUGUGUUCUUUGAUAUAAACUUGAGAGGUUUAGAUGGCAUUCAGGGUCCUGUUUAUGUCGGUACUGGAUGCGUCUUCAAUAGAACAGCAUUAUAUGGCUAUGAACCUCCUCUUAAACCCAAGAAAAAGAGAGAAGGGGGUUUCUCUAGCUGCUUUGGUGCAUCACGAAAGAAAAAUUCGCAAUCAAGCAAGAAGGGGCCAGAUAGAACGAGAUCUGGCAAGCAUGCUGAUCCCACAGUGCCGAUAUUUAACCUAGAGGAUAUAGAAGAGGGGGUUGAAGGAGCUGGACUUGACGAUGAAAAGUCAUUGCUAAUGUCACAAAUGACCCUUGAGAAAAGAUUUGGUCAGUCGGCUGUUUUUGUUGCAUCCACACUUAUGGAGAAUGGUGGUGUGCCUCAAUCUGCAACACCAGAGACUCUCCUGAAAGAGGCUAUUCAUGUUAUCAGUUGUGGUUAUGAAGAUAAAUCAGACUGGGGAAGCGAGAUAGGAUGGAUUUAUGGUUCGGUUACUGAAGAUAUUCUUACGGGGUUCAAAAUGCAUGCACGUGGUUGGCGAUCAAUAUACUGUAUGCCUCCUAGGCCAGCCUUUAAAGGUUCUGCGCCCAUCAAUUUAUCAGAUCGUCUAAACCAAGUGCUUAGAUGGGCUUUGGGGUCUGUCGAAAUUCUGUUCAGCAGACAUUGUCCUAUAUGGUAUGGCUAUAAUGGGAGACUAAAAUGGCUUGAGCGGUUUGCAUACAUUAACACAACAAUUUAUCCAAUCACUUCAAUUCCCCUUGUCGUCUACUGUACUUUGCCAGCUGUCUGUCUCCUUACUGGAAAAUUCAUCAUUCCCCAGAUCAGUAACCUUGCAAGUUUGUGGUUUAUAUCUCUCUUUCUAUCCAUCUUUGCCACUGGAAUACUGGAAAUGAGAUGGAGUGGAGUCGGAAUAGAUGAAUGGUGGAGGAAUGAACAGUUUUGGGUCAUCGGUGGUGUUUCUGCACAUCUUUUCGCCGUCUUCCAAGGUCUCCUCAAAGUGCUUGCCGGUAUCGAUACCAACUUCACCGUCACUUCGAAGGCAUCAGAUGAAGAUGGUGAUUUCGCCGAACUUUACCUGUUCAAAUGGACCACCCUUCUCAUUGCACCCACAACGCUCUUGCUCGUAAACUUGGUGGGAGUGGUUGCUGGAAUCUCUUACGCUAUCAACAGUGGAUACCAGUCGUGGGGUCCGCUCUUCGGUAAGCUUUUCUUUGCCUUUUGGGUGAUUGUACAUCUUUACCCUUUCCUCAAGGGUCUGAUGGGGAAACAAAAUCGGAUGCCCACCAUCGUUGUCGUAUGGUCCAUUCUUCUUGCCUCCAUCUUCUCGUUGUUGUGGGUUCGAAUCGAUCCGUUUACUACUAGAGUUACUGGCCCAGAUGUUACAUUUUGUGGAAUCAACUGUUGAGUUGAGCUCUCCAAGCCUACAAGUAAAGAGACGCUAGUGUAAGUUAUGGAUGUUUAUGCUGUUUGUGGUUUGAAGUUUGUAAAAAGAAAAGGUGGGAUUGGGAUCUUUUUAUUCUUUUUGUAGGUAAAUAUACUUGUAAUGUUCAUAUGUCUAAAGUUUAAAGAAUGGAUGUGUAUGUAUAUUUGUUAAAUUCUAUACUAUCUUAUAAAGCAGAUUUGAUAAAA